AAAUAAUAGUAACAUUUAUAUAUUUAACGAUAGGAGCAAUAAUAACGUUUAAAAGAUCUACAUAAGUUAUAUAUGCAAAAGCUACACUAUACGCGAGGCUUUAUUAUAAAUCGAAAGAUAAUCGAUUCAACCCUCGGGUCUUCAAUAAAAAUUAUUAACUCGUCAACAAAAAUCGUCAAGAGGAGAAUUGCUUCGUAAAAGCGAAUGACAAUCGCGGAGAGUAGCAAUUUUUUCGCAGCUCAAAUUCGCGAGAGGAAUAAAAUCAUUCCGGUGAAAGGGUGAUAUUCCGGAGGACACAACAAAGAGAGAGAAGCGCGAGUCACCUGCGCGCCGCGAUGUUUAUAGACAAUCGAGCGCGAAGCGUCGUGGUCAGUAAGCAGCAGUGCGUACAUCUGUAUUCUUCGGCGCGACGGGCAUCGUUCUAUACACUCACAGUCCGAGCGGCAGUUGUAGUCGAGGAGACCAGGAGUGAGGAUCUGAAGAGUAAAUCUCGUCAUGGGAGCCAAGAAUUGUAAGGACUCUAAGGAGUUCUAUAAUCAACAGCAGCAUCAGUACAAUGGUUACAACGGGACCAAGCCGCUGCAGUACAAGAGCAUAGCCGAACAGAAUCAGGUAGUCAGCAGUAGCGGCACCAACUGUCAAACGCCUCAGAGAAAGAUGUUUACGUUCGAAAGGGAUCAGUUGGGACAGCGGCCUGCCGACGGGGAUACCGGUACUCCUGGACUCGUCCGAGGUUUGGAUCACGUCAGGAAUCCGCAGCUGAAUAAGGGCAUGGCCUUCACGAUCGAGGAGCGCCAGACUUUAGGGAUCCACGGUCUUCUCCCAGCGACUGUCAAGACCCAGGAUGAACAGCUCGAGCUUUGCAGGCUUAACCUCGACAGAUACACCGACGAGCUAUCCAAGUACAUCUACCUCACUGGUCUUCUGGACCGCAACGAAAAGCUGUUCUACAGACUGCUGAGUGAGGAUGUAGAGAAAAUGAUGCCACUGGUUUACACUCCAACGGUCGGUCUGGCCUGUCAGAAGUUCGGCCUUAUUUACCGUAGACCUCGAGGCCUUUUCAUCAGUAUCCACGAUAAGGGACACGUUUACGACGUGCUGAAGAACUGGCCUGAGCACGACGUACGCGCCAUCGUUGUCACCGAUGGAGAGCGUAUCCUUGGCCUUGGAGACCUUGGUGCCCAGGGUAUGGGUAUACCCAUCGGCAAGCUUUCGUUGUACACCGCACUUGCUGGUAUCAAGCCGCACCAGUGCUUGCCUAUCACCCUCGAUGUCGGCACUAACAAUCAGGCAUUCCUGGACGACCCUCUGUACAUUGGACACCGUCACAAACGCGUGACCGGUCCCGAGUACGAUGCCUUCAUCGAUGAGUUUAUGAAGGCAGCAGUCAGGCGCUACGGUCAGAACACCCUCAUCCAAUUUGAGGAUUUCGGCAACUCCAACGCUUUCAGACUGCUGAACAAGUACCGAGACCACUACUGCACCUUCAACGAUGACAUUCAGGGCACUGCUUCCGUCGCAGUCGCCGGACUGUUCGCAUCGCUCAGACUCACCAAGACCAGGCUUUCGGAUAACACUAUCGUGUUCCAGGGUGCCGGAGAGGCCGCCCUGGGAAUUGCAUGGCUGUGCGUGAUGGCAAUGAGAAAGGAGGGCGUAACGGAAGAAGAGGCCAAGAGCAAAAUCUGGAUGGUGGACUCGAAGGGUCUGAUCGUGAAGAACCGCCCGAGCGGUGGCAUAAGUGAGCACAAAGUGCAGUUCGCUCGAGAGCACGCGCCCGUCGACAGUCUUGCCGAGGUCGUCAAACUGGCCAAGCCUUCGGUGCUGAUCGGAGCCGCAGCUAUCGGUGGCGCUUUCACUCGCCAGAUCCUCGAGGAGAUGGGCAAGAACAAUGCCAGGCCAGUCAUCUUCGCGCUCAGCAACCCUACGAGUAAAGCCGAGUGUACCGCCGAGGAGGCUUACAAUGCCACUGAGGGUCGCGCUAUCUUCGCGAGUGGCUCGCCCUUCGACCCGGUGAACUACGGCGGUAAGAUGCUGUACCCAGGCCAGGGUAACAACAGCUACAUCUUCCCAGGUAUUGCGCUAGGUGCCAUCUGCGCUGGCAUGAAGACGAUACCCGAGGAGGCAUUCCUCCGGGCGGCGACGACCCUCGCCGAAAUCGUUACAGACACGGAUCUCGAAAGAGGUACUCUGUAUCCCCCUCUCAAAGAUAUCCAGAAAUGCUCCAUUAGCAUCGGUACUAAGCUCAUGGACUACGCUUAUGCGGAAUCACUUGCAACGAUACAUCCGGAGCCAGACAAUUACGAGGAGUUCAUCAGAGCCCAACUCUACGACACAAGCUACACGUCGUCGAUACCUCCGGUUUACCCGUGGCCCAAGAUGUAACAAGCGAGCGAGUGCUGCUAAACUUAAUUCUACGAUUCCGUAUAUCAUUCUCUCCAGUUACUGAACUGCACUUUUACAAUCCACAAUGAACAAAACUCAAAGAGUCCAGGACCCGUUGAUCGAGUCAAUGGAUUUAAGCUGCUACAACUAUCAAGGGCCUUGCAACAAGGGAUCAAGUUUUCUGCCGUUCCAAAUAACGACGUGAAUUUUUAUGAUUUUUUUUUGUUUAUAAUUUUGUUUUUUAAGUUCUGCGUGUUAAUUUAUACAAAGUUGCGUACGGAAUCUUUGAGCUAUAAAUGGAGAUUCGCAAAAAGCGAAUAUGAUAAUUUAAAUUCGGAGGCUCUCAGGACUGAACGUCGUAUUCUUUUGGCUGUUAUGUAUAUUAUCUGUAAAGCAAAUUAUUUAAAAUUAACAAAAAAAUGCAAAGAUCUUAUCGAUAAGAAUUAAUAUAUCGAGAAUAAUAAAUAUAAAAGAAAGUAAAAAAGUGUUAAAGAAAUAAACUUUUAAUGUAUCAGCUGCGAAAAAUUGUUAAUCUCACCGUUUUAAUUACAACAAAUAAUGUAGUUUAUUUAUUAUGGUUUUCUGAGUUCAAUAUUUUCAAAAGUAUUGAACUUGAAUCUCCAAAAUAUUCACCAAAACUGUAUCCGAUAAAUAAGUACAUUUCAAAAUUGUUGAAAGUAUUAUUUUAAAAUAAAUUUAUAUUGUUCAUUUUAAACAGACCAAUUUCUCUGUUAAUCCUUAGUCUUCCUAAUUUCAGGCGAUUGCAUCAAAUCAGUGAUCAUUGGUAAUAUAACAUUUACCAUGUGACAAAAUAAUAUUAAGGUUUCAUUAAAUAUUCGAAAAAAAAUGAACUAUAAACUCUUUUAUUUCACAAAUAAUAUUAUUUUUGAAAAAUAUAAUGAUAUAGAUUUCAAAAGUAUCCAUUCGUAAAAUUCAAAUUACAUAAAAGUAUACACUAUACUUUUGUUUUUAAAAGGUAAGCGAAUGAAAAUAAUAUGCCGCCGUAAGUAGGCAACAUUAGUUUCUGAAAAUGAAAUCAUGUAUGUAUUACGAAUGAAGUUUCAAGAUGAAACUGAAUAAGAUAAGUUUUAUCGAAAGGCUUCUGUGAGUAGCGUAUCUUGUUUAUAAUAGUAUAUUUAGAAAUAUGUAGGUCACUGAAAGAAGCUAUGAAUUUGAAUUGUUAACAUAUUUUACUUAUUUACACUUCGGACUUCUUUUCCAUAGGGCAAUCAUCGGAUUCUCCAUUCGGCGACGAAAGGAAACGAGAGGGAAAUAGGAAAUAUCCUUUGUAAAAAUCUCACUCGUUCUCUUCGUUAAGAAUCAAUUAAUCCAACAACUAUUUAAUCGCUAAUUGUACCCUAUGCUAAAAUUACCUGCUAGCUUAGCUUAGCUGAAACAUAAACAGACCUAUCCUAGUCGUCGAUUCUAUGUCAUUAAUCAACACAACGACCAAACACGAGAACGCAAGUGAAAAGUGCCAUUCAUUUACUUUUUUUCUUCCAAUUUUACUUCGUUACUCUUUUCUUCGCUGUUGUGUUGUUAUUGCAUAUUAAGAAUAUAUAAUCUUAAGAAAAUUAAAGGAUAAAAUGUACAGAAGA